CCAGGUCUGCCCAAGACCUCAGACAUCAGCUGUAAGCUUGGGAAUCUCCACAGCACCCUUAUUUCUGACCAGCUGGCUAUAAAUUUGGGGUUUUCUUCUACUCCCUCAGAAUAGCAGCUGUAAGCUUGUGAGUCCCCAGGCCCCUUCACCUCUAACCUGCUGGCUCUCACUACUCCCUUGGGUUUGAUAAUUUGCUAGAACCCCUCACAGAACUCAGGAAAACACUAUACUUAUAAUUAAAGUUUUAUUAUAGCAAAGGGGAUACAAAUGGUGAGACACAUAGGGCAAGGUGUAGAGAGUUCCCAACUUGGUGCUUUUAUGUCCCCCAAAAAGAUGCGGUACCCUCCCACAUGUAUCAAUGUCUUUCAUCAACCAGGAAGCCCAUGGAGCUUCUGUGAUUGAAUCAUUUCUGCCCCCAACUGUACCCCAUUCCCCCAGGUUGGGCAGAUAUCACUUGGUGGUCCCUCUGACCUGGACAGUCCCUACUCAAGAGGUACUUCCUUAGCAUAAAUCCCUCAGUCUGGAAGACUUGUUACUCAAAACCCAUUGCCAUCAAGUUGAUCCCGCGUGUCUGUAGACACCUUAAUCACUGGGGAAGUCCGAAGGUUUUAGAGUUUAUCACUCAGGAACCAAGGACAAAAACCCCAUUCUUUACCUAAAGUUAAUUUGAACCCCAUAGUACUACAUUUUGUUUAUCCAUUUGUCUUAGGCUGGAUUCUGUAGAGAAGCAAAACCAAUACAGCGUAUAAAUAUAUAUAUAGAGAGAUUUAUAUCAAGGAAAUGGCUCACUCGGUUGUCGAAGCUGGGAAGUCCUAAGUCCAUGGGUCAGGCUGGAGGUUUCAUGUAGCUGCAGGGGCUGGUGAAUCCAAGAUUGGAAGUUCAGACAGCAGGCCUUUGGCUCACAGGCUAUGGAGGACAAGAAAUCCCAAGAUUGGCAGGUAGACAUCAGGUAAGCUGGUAGCUCAAGCCCCAAGGACCGGAGGUCAGAUGAACAGGAGCAAGCUGCAGGAUACAGAGCAAGCAAAAGCCAGGGAGCCUUGUCAGAAAGUUCACCUGUAUUGGAUGCAGGCCAAACCCCCAAGGAAUAUAUAAUAUCAGAUUUUCAACUGAUCGGUGGCUCACAACAGAUCUCAUCAGGGAGGCGGUCACGUUAACUCAGAUCUCAUUAUGGAGGUGAUUACAUCAUUUCCAAGCUGCAGACAUCAUAACUGCCAAACCACUGAGGAUCAUGGCUCAGCCAACUUGACACACAACCUUAACCAUCAUACCAUUCAUCUGCUGACAGAUAUUUAGGUUGUUUCCACCUUUUACUAUUGUCAGUAGUCCUGCAGUGAACAUUGGUAUAUAUUUUAUCUCUUCGAGUCCCUGCUUUCAUAUCUCUUGAGUAUAUACUUAGAAAUUGAAUUGCUGGGUCAUAUGGCAAUUCUAUGUUUAACUUUUUGAAGAAACACCAAACUGUUAUCCAUAGUAGGUGCACCAUUUUACAUUCCCACAAGGGUUCCAAUUUCUCUACAUCCUUGCCAACACUUAUUUUUCAUUUUUUUUCUGAUAAUAGUCAUCUUAGUGGGUAUGAGGUGGUAUCUCAGUGUAGUGUUAAUUUGCAUUACCCAAAUGACUGUGAGGUUGGUGCAUCUUUUCAUCUGUUUUUUGACCAGUUGUGUAUCUUCAGAGAAAUGUCCAAGUUCUUUGUCCCUUUUUUAAUUGGGCUAUUUGUUUCUUGUUGUUCAGCUGUGGAAAUUAUAUAUUCAGGAUAUUAAACCCUAAUUCAGCUAUAUGUUUCCCCAGUAUUUUCUCUCCCAUGCUGUAGGUUGUCUUUUCAUUUUCUUUCCUUUUUUGGUCAGCAGGAUUUUAUGCAGCAUUGUCAUUUUUUAAAAAAUUUUAUUUAUUUUGUUAUUGUUUAGAAUAUACACCCUUUUCACUUUCUUGGUUAACUCCUUUGAUGUGCAAAGUUUUUUCACUUUGAUGAAGUCCAGUUUAUUUUUUCUUUUGAUUGUGCUUCGGGUGCCAUAUCUAAGAAUCCAUUAUCAAAAACAAGGUCUUGAAGAUUUACCCCUGUGGUUUUUUUUCUAAAAGUUUUAUGGUUUUAACUCUUAUUUUGGGCCAUUGAUCCAUUUUGAGUUAAUUUUUAAAUAUGGUGUGAAGUGCUGAUUCUUUUGCAUGUGGAGAUUCAGUUGUUUCAAAUAGGGACAGUUUUAUUUCUUUCUUUCCAGUCUUCUAGCACUAUGUUGGUAAAAGUGAUGAGACUUUAUUUACUUUUUUUUAAUCUUUGAGGGAAAGUAUUCAGUCUUUCACCAUUAAGUAUGAUGUUAACUAUAGGUUUUUUGUAGAUGCUCUUCAUCAAGUUGAGGAAGUUCCCUUCUAUUCCUAUUUUUCUGAGAGAUUUUGUCAUGAAUGGGUGUUAAGUUUUGUCAGAUGCUUUUCCUGCAUUGAUUGGUGUGAUUAUGUGGUUUUAUUUCUUUAGCCUGUUAAUAUGAGACAUUGGUAGUUCAGUUUUAAAGUUCUUGCCUUCCAUGUGGGAAACCCAAGUUCGACUCCCAGCCAGUGCAUCUCCUGCAUAGCCGUCACUCAUCUGUCAGUGGAGGCUUGUGUAUUGCUGUGAUGCUGAACAGAUGUAGUAGAAUUUCCAUACUAAGAUGUACCAGGAAGAAAAGCCUGGCAAGCUACUUCUCAAAAUCAGCCAAUGAAAACCCUAUAGAUCACAAUAGUCCGAUCUGCAGCCGAUCAUGGGGAUGGUGCAGGACUAGGCAGCGCUCUAUCUGUUGUGCAUGGGUUCACCAUGAGUUGAGGCUGACUCAGUGGCAGCUAACAGUAAGCCCGUUAUAUGGUGGAUUACAUUACUUGAUUUUGUAAUGUUGAAUAAGUCUUGCAUUUCUGGAAUGUUACCCCACUUGAUCAUGUUGUACAUAUAGCCAUUUUUAAAUAUUGCUGAAUUUUAUUUGGUAUUUUUUUCUUUUUUAAUUACACUUUAAGUGAAAGUUUACAGUUCAAGUUAGUUUCUCAUACACAAAUUUAUACAUACGUUGUGUGACCCUAGUUACUUUCCCUAUAAUGUGACAGAACAUUCCUCCUUUCCAUCCUGGAUUUCCUGUGUCCAUUCAACUAGCUCCUGUCUCUUUCUGCCUUCUUGUCUUGCCUCCGGACAGGAGCUGCCCAUUUAGUCUCAUGUAUCUACUUGAGGUAAGAAAGCAUACUCCUCACAGGUAUCAAUUUAUAUUUUAUAGUCUGAUGUUUGUCUGAAGAGUUGGCUUUGGGAAUGGUUUUAGUUUUGGGCUAACAGAGAGUCUGGGGGCCAUGUCUUCUGGGGUUCCUCCAGUCUCAGUCAGACCGUUAAGUCUGGUCUUUUUACUAGAAUUUAAAUUCCGUACCCCACUUUUCUCCUGCGCUGUCAGGGGCUCUCUGUUGUGAUUUUUGCUAAUACUUUGUUAAGGAUUUUUUAUGUCUGUAUUUAUUCAUGAGGGAAACCUUGGUGUUGUAGUGGUUAAGAGCUAUGGCCGCUAACCAAAAGGUCAGCAGUUCAGAUCCACCAGGCACUCCUUGGAAACUCUAUGGGGGCAGUCCUACUCUGUCCUAUAGGGUCGCUAUGAGUCAGAAUCGACUCAACAGCAGUGGGUUUGGUUUUUGGGUUUAUAUUCAUGAGGGAUGUUGGUCUGUAGUUUUCUUUUUUUGUACGGUCUUUCUCUGGUUUUGGUAGCAGAGUAAUACUAGCUUAAAAAAAUGAAUUGGGAUGUUCCCUGCUCUUUGUUUUUCUGUAGGAGAUUUUAUUUAGUUAGUAUUAAUUCUCUCUUUAAUGUUUAGUAGAAGUCUCUUCUACUAUAGUAGAACCAUCUUGGCCUGGAGGUUUCUUUUGUUGAGAUUUUCAGAAUUAUGAAUUCAGUGUAAAUAUGUAUGUGAUUUGAUUAUAGUAGAAGCAUCUCGUGAGCAGAGAUUUUUUUUCUUUGUGCUCUUUAAUGCAUAUGAAAAUGGUAGACAUAUAUGUUGCAAGUGUGUUUUGGAUGAAACACUGCCUAGGUUAGUGCAAAUUUGUCUUUAUGGGAAAAAUAACUCAGAGUGGUGAUGUAGGAAGUUCAGAGGGUGAACUACUGUGAACAACUCUUUGUAAAUUUGAUUAAAGCAGGGCGUUUAAGUGAAAUGUGGUCAGAAUGGAGAUCUGUAUAGUGAAAGUAGAGGGAAACAGGCUAAAAAAGUGAAUGUCUGAGGAUGCCAAGUCACAGAGAAUGGAAUGGAAUUGAGAGCCCAAGUUGAGUGGCUGGCCUUAUAAACCAGGGACUACUUUUUCUUCUGAGCGGGAGAAAAGGAUAUGUGUAGACCUUCACCUUAAGAUGAAAAGGAGAGAAGAUGAGAGGGGUCUUUUCGUCAUUUUAGAGAGAACCCUUUUGGUAGAAAGAUAGGCAUAUAAAACAACUUUCAAGGGAAAUGGACAAGAUAUGACAUAGACCAUGCAUUCAAGAUACUUGACUGUAAAUUGAAAGAGUAACCUGUUUUUUUGUUCACGCUUAGGAAGGAGUGUCUGGUUUUAUUGUUUUUCAGUUAUGGGUUAUUCUUGCUAUUUUUUCAAGUGUGUUUCCCCUCACCCGCCAAAUAUAAGGAACAGCGAGGGAUGUUUUUCUAUAACUACUUGAAUAUAUAACAGUGUACCAGGUUAGGUCUAAAAUAGACAUUUCAUUUCAAAACCUGAAGAUACUAUGGGACCAUAAGAACCAAUGAGGUGGCUAGGAUCAGGGAGAAAUUGAAGGUGACACCAAUGUUCUGUUCCUAAAUAAAUGGGUGAAUGUGAUGGCAUUAGGAGUUACUAGGUGACACAGAAGGUUAAGUGCUUGGGUACUAACUGAAAGGUUGGUCGCUUGAAUCCAGCCAAAGGAGCCUCGGAAGAAAGAUCUGGUGAUCUUCUGAAAGAUCACUGCCCCUGAAAAUCUUAUGGAGUGCUGUUCUAAUCUGAAACACAUGGAGUCACCAUGACUAGGAACUGACUUGUGGGUUACUGGCUUGGGUUUUUUUUUUUUAGUAAUGUUUUUACUUGAGGGAGGGAACUCAGAGGUAAAGCAGAUUUGGGAAAUACAGGUUCUACUUUGGACAUGGUGAUUCCUUUGGUGCCUGUAGGACAUAAAUGUGGUCAUGUCCGAUAGACAUUUGGAGUGUGGUUGUAGAAUUUGAGGAAGAGAUUAGGAAUAUAAUAGGAAUUCCUACAUUGAGAUGAUAGUUCAUGCUAUGGGAGAGAAUGCGUGUGGAAUGAGUAGAUAUCUGAGGAAGAAAUACUAAAAAAAGGAGUAAGAUUUAGAGAUAUAACGGGAAAAUAAAAACAGUGCAGUGACACUGAAGCCGUAGAAACUUCUCCAUCCAUCCAAAUUCUACCUAUAUGCCAAGAUUCAUCUUAGGAGGUUCAGGGAUAUCUUCCUGACAUCAUCACCUACCCAUCUUCCUUUAAUCAUUCCCUUGUAUAUAUUUAUAUAUUUUCAUACCAGUUGAAGCCUAAGAAAAUUAGAAUAAGCCCACAGGAGCCAAAGUACAACCUUGAGUAUAUCCCACCUGAAUUCACAGACCGUCUCAAGAAUAGAUUUGACGCACUGAACACUAAUGACUGAAGACCAGACGAUUUGUGGGAUGACAUCAAGAAUAUCAUACAUGAAGAAAGCAAAAAGUCAUUUUGAUAUGCCCAAAUAGGCUGCUUGAGUGAGCUAACUAGAUUAUUUGCUCCUUUGGAUCUCUGAUGUCCUUUCACCAGAUGGCUAGAACUGUUACCAGUCAUUAAAAAGACAGGAAGGAAAGAAAAGACCAAAAUGCAUGUCAGGAAAGACUCUGAAACUUGCCCUUGAAUGUAGAAUAGCUAAAGUGAAAGGAAGAAAUGAUGAAGUGAAAGAACUGAACAGAAGAUUUCAAAGGCCUUCUUGGGAAGACAGAGUAAAGUAUUAUAAUGAAAUGUCCAAAGAUCUGGAGUUAGAAAACUGAGAGGAAAGAACACACUUGGCAUUUCUCAAGCUGAAAGAACUGAAGAAAAAAUUCAAGCCUCAAGUUGCAAUAUUGAAGGAUUCUAUGGGCAAAAAAUUGAACGAUACAGGAAGCAUCAAAAGAACAUGGAAGGGAUACACAGAGGCAGUGUACCAAAAAGAAUUGGUCUACAUUCAACCAUUUCAGGAGGUGGCGUAUGAUCAAGAACCAAUGGCAUUGAAGGAAGAAGUCCAUGCUGCAUUGAAGGUAUUGGCAAAAAAACAAGGUUCCAGGAAUUGACGAAAUGCCAGUUGAGAUGUUUCAUCAAAUGGAUGCAAAAGUGGAAGCGCUAACUCAUCUAUGCUAAGUAAUUUGGAAGACAGCUACCUGGUCAAAUGACUAGAAGUGAUCCAUUUUUGUGCCCAUUCCAAAGAGAGAUGAUCCGAUGAAAUGUGGAAAUUAUCAAACAAUAUCAUUUAUAUCACAUGCAAGUAAAAUUUUGCUGAAGAUAAUUCAAAAAUGGUUGGAGCAAUACAUCAACAAGGAACUGCUAGAAAUUCAAGCUAGAUUCAGAAGAUGACAUGGAAUGAGGGAGGGAUAGCAUUGCUGAUGUCAGAUGGAUCUUGGCUGAAAGCAGAGAAUACCAGAAAGAUGUAUACCUGUGUUUCAUUGACUGUGCAAAAGUAUUUGACUGUAUGGAUCAUUACGAAUUAUGGAUAACAUGGAGAAGAAUGGGUAUUCCAGAACACUGUCCUCAUGAGGAACCCGUACAUAGAUCAAGAGGCAGUCAUUCAAACAGAACAAGAGGAUACUGCAUGGUUUAAAAUCAGGAAAGGUGUGUGUCAGGGUUGUAUCCUUUCACCAUACUAAUUCAAUCUGUAUACUAAGCAAAUAAUCCCAGAAAUGGACUACAUGGAGAAGAACGUGGGAUCAGGAUGGGAGGAAGACCCAUUAACAAUGUGUGAUAUGCAGAUGACACAGCCUUCCUUGCUGAAAGUGAAGAGGACUUGAAAAGCACUUGGUGAUGAAGAUCAAAGACUACAACCUUCAGUAUGGAUUACACCUCAUCACAACCUUCAGUAUGGAUUACACCUCAUCAUAAAGAAAACAAAAAUUGUCACAACUGGACCAGUAAGCAACAUCAUGAUAAGUGGAGAAAAGAUUGAAGUUGUCAAGGAUUUCAUUUUACUUGGAUCUACAAUCAACUCCCAUGGAAACAGCAGCCAAGAAAUCAAAUGACUUAUUGCGAUGGGCAAAUCUGCUGCAAAAGAUCUUUUUAAAGUGUUGAAAAGCAAAGAUGUCACCUUCAGGACCAAGGUACACCUGACCCAAAUCAUGAUAAUUUUCAAUCAUUUCAUACGCAUGUGAGAGCUGGACAACGAACAAGGAAGACUAAAUAAUUGAUGCUUUUGAAUUACGGUGUUGAUGAAGAAUAUUGAAUAUACCAUGUAGUGCCAGAAGAACAAACAAAUCUCUCUUGGAAAAAGUACAGCUAGAAUGCUUCUUAGAAGUGAUGAAGGUGAAACUUUGUCUCAUGUACUCUGGACGUGUUAUUAGGAGGGACCAAUCUCUGGAGAAGAACAUUAUGCUUGGUAAGGUAGUGGAUCAGCUAAAAAGCGGAAGACCCUCAACGAGGUGGAUUGACACAGUGGCUGCAACAAUGGGCUCCAACAUGGCAAGGAUUGUAAGGAUGGGCAGGAUUCGACAGCACCUAAAAACAGCAACAAAUAGCAGUUUCUUCUUCCUGUCAUCUAGCAUUUACCACCCAUUGGAGUCAAGUUGAUUCUGACUCAUAGCAACCAUAUAGGACAGAGUAGAACUGCUCCAUAGGGUUACCAAGGUUGUAAAUCUUUAUGGAAGCAGACUGCCACAUCUUUCUCCCAUGGAGCAGCUAAUGGAUUCCAACUACAGACCUUUUGGUUACCAGAUUGCAGCAAUUCUCCGGAAACGAAAAUUAGACUAUUAUUUACACAAACUACUUCCUGAGAUCCUACAAUCUGCUUCAUUUUUGACUACUAAUGGGGCCUUGUAUAUGGCUUUCUUUUGCAUUUUCAGGAGGAUACUUGGAAAAUUCUACUCAUGGAGCCCUGGCUUUGGUGCCGCUUUGCCAGCAUCUUAUGUGGCCAUUCUAAUUGAAAGAAAAAGCAGGAGAGGGCUCCUCACAAUUUAUAUGGCCAACUUGGCCACAGAAACACUGUUUAGAAUGGGUGUCGCAAGAGGCAUCAUCACAACGUUAAGAAAUGGAGAAGAGCUUCCUGAUAUAAACAGAAGGUGCAAUAGUUGCGUCCUUUUGUUCUGCAUCACAGCUGCCAUGUACAUGUUCUUUUUCAGGUGUAAAGAUGGCUUGAAAGGAUUUACAUUCUCAGCACUGAGAUUCAUUGUAGGAAAGGAAGAGAUUCCCACACAUUCUUAUGCACCAGAGGCAGCAUAUGCAAAAGUGGAACAAAAGAGAGAGAAACUUGAGGAAAAACCAAGAAGAGUGAAUAUAAUUGCUCUCGUCAGGAAACUUGUGGAUUCAAUAUGCAAGCAUGGACCAAGGCAUAGAUGUUGCAAACACUAUGAAGAUAAUUGCAUCUCUUAUUGCAUUAAAGGUUUCAUCAGAAUGUUUAGUGUGGGGUACUUGAUCCAAUGCUGCCUCCGAAUCCCCUCUGCAUUUAGGCAUCUGUUUACACAGCCAUCCCGGCUAUUUUCUCUCUUCUAUAAUAAGGAAAACUUCCAGCUUGGAGCUUUUCUUGGUUCUUUUGUUAGUAUAUACAAGGGUACUAGUUGCUUCCUGCGCUGGGUCAGAAACCUGGAUGAUGAACUGCAUGCUAUUAUAGCUGGAUUUUUGGCAGGUUUAUCAAUGAUGUUUUAUAAGAGCACAACAAUUUCCAUGUACUUAGCUUCUAAACUGGUGGAGACAAUGUAUUUCAAAGGCAUUGAAGCAGGGAAGGUUCCCUAUUUCCCCCAUGCAGAUACUAUCAUCUAUUCCAUCUCUACAGCAAUUUGCUUCCAGGCAGCUGUCAUGGAAGUUCAGACUUUGCGGCCAUCUUACUGGAAGUUCCUUUUAAGGCUCACUAAGGGCAAAUUUGCCACCAUGAACAGAAAAGUUCUUGAUGUAUUUGGUACUAGUGCAUCUAAACACUUUCAGGAUUUCAUCCCCAGGCUGGAUCCAAGAUACACAACUGUAGCACCAGAGUUGCCCAUAGAAUUUUCUUGAAGAUGACUGUAAUUUAUUAAUGUGACUAAAUGUCUCAUCCUGAAGAGUUAAUUAUGUUGAAUACAAAGAAGGGGGCCCGAGCUCGAACUUCAGUGUUAUUUCAAUGACAAAUGCUCUUUUUUGCUUUGUUUUUGGUUUUUUACCAAUCAGAAAUACUGAAGCUUUUUAGAACGGUCUUGCUUAAUAAUUAAGCUCCCUCUGUAGCCAGAAUCUGAUUCUGGAUCACUGUAGUAGUUGGCAUUAUGAUACAUUAUCGAUUAAAUUAUGUCUAUAAGCAAGUUAAAAUUAUCUGUGUAGAAUUGUAAUAACGAAUAAGAGUAUACUUAAAAUUACUUCAAAAGAUGUCUUUAGUUCAUUCCAAUAUAAUUCUUGGUUGAAAGUAAGAAUGUUUCUUACAUUUUAGGAUUUUUAAGGAUCACGGGUAUAUGGAUUUGGUCUUUUUUUUUUUUUAAUUGGUAACUCUAGUGGUGGAGUAUUAUGGAUUUGAAGUAACUCUUCACAAACAGUGCUGCUUUAGUAUAGAGUAAUUUAAUUGGAGAAAGUGGCCAUUUUACUUCAGGGAUGCAAAAGUGAGUCACAUAUCAUUUGAAUGAAUGCCGUGGGAGCCAUGUUCGUUUUUCCAGGUAACAUCAUCUCUGUGUCCAUGACUAGUUGGGCUAUUUGGCAACGUAGCCAACCUAUGUACUGGCAGGUUAAGAACAACUGGAAAUCUGAUGAAGUUGAAAUGUCCAGUUUUAAUCUUUUACAGAAGCAUUACACUUGAAUAUUUAAAAAACUGAUGAAGUUACUUUUAAACCUCCUGUGGAUUUUUUUUUUUUUUUUAAUGGAUUUAUUGAAGCCCUGGUGAUGAAGUGGUUACGAGUUCAGGCUGCUAACCAAAAAGGUCAGCAGUUCGAAUCCGACAGCCACUCCUGGGAAACUAUGGAGCAGUUCUACUCUGUCCUAUAGGGUCAGUAUGAGUCUGAAUCAACUCGACAGCACACAACAACAAUAACAGCAUAGACUUAUUAUGUUUGUUUUCAUUCAUAGGGACUGAAUUCUUUAUAGCUAAGUUUGUAUGCCAUUGUUGUGUUAGGAGGGAUCAAAAUCCUAUAGAACUAAAAUAGUUUUGGCAAGUUUGGCAGCUUGUUCCCUCUCAGCUGUUUCACCAAUAUAAUGGAUGUUUUAACUAAAAAAAGAAAAUAUAUAUAUAUGUAUGUAUAUAUAUACACACAUACACACAGGUUGUUAAAAAGUCGGUUUCAUCACUAAUCGGAUCCAACUCCUCCAGCUUCCCUUUUUUAAACAAAGUUAUUGUCACCAUAUUUACUGUGUUAGAAUAACGAAGUGACAAAAUAUAGUCACUGCUGAUUAUGAAAGUUAGUUCAGGACAGCUGUGACUGAAAUAUGAUCACUUUUUAGAGUUUUUCAGGGAAAAAGUUGUACUUUUCUAGGCUAAUAAAAGGCUUAAGUGGUUGUGAUGUCUACAGUAUGUAAUGUAUAGGGAUGAUGGUAUAUUUUUUUAAUAUAAUUUUAUUGCUGAAAAGUUUUUAGGCCGUUGUGAAUUAUGCAGCAGAACUUGUGUUGCAACAGGAAUUAUUACACAGACUUUAAAAAUGCUUAAUCCCUCAUAUUCAAUUUCAUCAAGUGCUGUGUACUUCUGUUGAUACGUAAUCCUAUCCUUGGUUGUUAUGGCAAAUUGAAACCCAACAAAAAGACAAACUCUGAUACCUUGGUAACAGAGAGAGCCACUUUAAUUUGGCCAAAACUUUGCAUUGUGAUUAAUGUAUUAGACUUGGCCUGUACUAUCAGGCAGUAUUGUUAAAAUGUUGUCUUGGCUUCAGACUUCAAAAGAGAUUAAUAAAUUAAAUUUAAAAUUUUUAUUCCCUGGAAUCAAAAUGAUGAUUGGUAUUUACUUUUAAAAAUGAAGUGUUAUAGCAGUGAGAAAGCCCUGCUGCCUGUACCUCAUUUUCUCUACUCAGAAAUCAUGUUUAUAUUUUUCCUGUCAGGUUAAAAAAAAAAAACCAUUUUAACUCAUAACUUACUGUGUUUAAUGAAAUUAAAAGACUAUGAGAUCGAAAGACAAAUUCUAUUGAAAUUUGCUGAGAUUGUUUAGUAAAAUUUUGCUGGUCAAAAUGGUGCAUUUCUAUGAUUUACAUUUUUUUAGAAAUUGCAGUCAUCUUUUAUUUUACAUAAAAUGUAAAAUGAAAGCCAUCAUAUGGCAAAAUAAAAUAAUGAAUGUAUGGCUUGACUGAAUAGUUAACUAACUUGCACUGGUAACUAGAGAAGUCCAAUUUGAUUUUGUUGGCACAGACCACAGUGUUGUUCUUCAGGCAAACACAAGGAAACUGUUCUGGCUCCUAAAGACAAUCAAAAUGACUAUCUUUCUACCUCUAACUAAUCAGAUAUUGAUUACAACCUCUUGGCAUCAUAAAUAAAGUCAAGUAGAUCUCUCCGUGCCAAAACAUGUUUUUGGGUCCAUUUCUACUGUGAAUAAAUCUUGUCCAUUGUAAGUCUCUACCAGAGCUGAUUCCAUUCAACACUAAUAUGCUGCCUUUGUCUUCUCUCCAUCUUUCUGUGGUCUGAAGAAAGGGCUUUUCGGGCAGUGGUAUUAUUGUCACUCCAUUUCUUUCUUCUGUGUCGUUAAAAUCGUAGACCUAAUGCCAACCAAAUAAAAACCAGGGUUGUAAGGUAACAAAUUAUUUCAAAUCUAUUAGAUUCUUAUUAGUUUUCCAGCUAGUUUCCCUGUCCAUUUUAUUAUUCAUUUCUGAAAUAACACCUUAGGGUCAGUUACCUUUUUUCAUAAAAUCUGUGGUUGCUUCUGUAAUUUUUCCUUGCUCUUUAAGCAUAGCUGUUUAGAAUAAUUUCUUUUAAUUUAGAAUUUUAUCUUUUUAUUCUUUACUCUCAGAUGUUAUAACCCACUUUUAUCCAGGACCCACAUACUUUUUGUGAUAGAACCAAAGGGGCAAUUGUCACCCUGUGUUUUUUGUGCUGAGCCUGAGUAUUCACCUCCUUGUGGAGUAUGUGUAGGCUAGCCUUUGAUUGAGUUGUUAAUGCUGGCACAAUUGUUUCUGCUUGUGUUUCUAAAUCCUCUGCUAAUGAAUAAACCCAUUGCCUUCCAGUCAUUUCUAACUCAUAGUGAUCCUACAAGACAGCGUAGCAGUUCGAUUCCACCAGCUGUUCCCUGGAAACCCUGUGGGGCAGUUCCACCCUGUCAAUUUCCUUUAAGGGAGCUUUGUCCACUUGCCUAUGUCACAUCCUCUCCAGUGGUGGUGACCAAGAAGCUUCUCCACAGAGCCAGAGGGGAAGUGCCCACUGGAAGUGAUCAGAUUGUUCUUGCUGCCUUUCAAGCAGAGAAGCCACAAAGCCCAGAGAUUCCUUGAGUUCUUCCUGUGAUUUAUUUUUAUUUGGUUAGGUAGAAAGUAGUCUGACAGCAACCAAUUCAUUCUUACGUGGGUGGGUUUUGCCCCACAACAGCAAAAGUGUUCAUUUCUGACUAGGGACCUUGCUGAGCUAUCUAAUGAACUUUAUCUUUCCUACCACGUUGACCUGUUGCUAUUUUAUCUCCCUAGUACUCAUUUUCAGGAGCCCUGGUGACGUAGUGGUUAGGAGCUCAGGCUGCUAACCAAAAGGUCAGCAGUUCAAAUCCACCAGUUGCUCUCUGGAAACGCUAUGGGGCAAUUCUACUCGGUCCUAUAGGAUUGCCAUGAGUUGGAAUCAACUCAACGGCAGUGGGUUUUGUUUUUACUCAUUUUCAGAUAGAGAAUUUAGAUAAUUGAAAAUGAGUGACAGAAAAAAAGUAAGGAGAAAAAACAUAAAUGAAAGCUUUCUGUAGGGCUGGGCUGAGAAUGUGGUGAGUGAUAAUAUCACCUUAAUUGUGGAGGCACUGGAGGCUGGUCUUACUGUUGUCUCAACCUAUACAUUUCUCCUUACAGCCUGUUGCUCUUGUUGCUCUGUCCAGCCCUGCAGUUCCUUCCUGUAGAAGUAGCAAGGAAAGGAGUAGCAGGGAUUGAGGUGACCUUGAAAUUAGAAUAUUGACUUGGACUCUAGGGCUGUGUAGUAUUUCACUCAAGUAGGAUAUGAAGGCCUCAGGGUUGAAGCUUGUUUCUGUGUCAGGCUGUAGUCUCAGGUGACUUUGUAAUAGCUCUGCGGCUCUGAAAAGGGUAACUCCAGAGAAAAGAGCCUGACAUUCGUAUGUGACUUCUAGAAGCAGAGAAGAGACAGAACUGGGUUGUGAUGUAGCAUGUGUACAAGGGCUGCAGUGGGGAAGUGAGUAGCCUUAAGCUUACAGCUGUGGUAACUAAGGGUUUGUGUUAAUUUACAUUGAGAGAAAAGCAUGUGAUUUUUAAGUGGAGGAAAUAAUAUCUGCUCUUUGGAAACCUCUCCCUUGCCUUGGAAUCCUUAUGUCUGAUCCCUUGUUGCCCCUCCCUGACCACUCCUCUUCCCUCCACCUCUUGCCUUUCUCUGCUUGCUGAUGUUAAUUUGUAAGCUGUGCUCCUUUGGACUAGAGAGCUCUGUUGAGACCUUUGAUGCCAACUUGUGAGGCAGGGGGCGUUAGAUGGAAGGGAUCAUGAAAAUGGAGUAAACAGUGAUUUUUUUUUUUUUUUUUUAUGUAACUGCAUUUCUUAGGCAGAAUGGUUUGGAGGAUAAUUGCACGGAUGUGCAAAGAGACAUUUCUAUAUAUGUGGGACCUUUAUUUCCAGGACAGGCUCUUCUUAUCUCAGCAAUCCGAUAGUAUCACUUGACUGGAAUAUAUUGUGGCUAGAUAGAAAGGGCAAGAGCUCAUUUCAUAUCUGCUAUUGCUUUCUUCAUUUUCUUCCCAUCUUUCCUUCCCCCAAAUGUGUCCUAAGUGAAUAAUGUAUUGGGCUUUAUCCCUUGUCCCUGCAUCCCUGAAAAGCCUGGUAUAAGCUCAGACAUGUAUGCCAUCUGGCCAAUAGUGGACGGAGGCAUUAGAGCCAGGUGCAAUUCUUACUUCUUUCUCCAGCUCUCAAACCGCUGCAGCUUGCUUGACUUCCCAUCAGUUUUCUCUUUAGUUUUGCUCCCCCAGAAAGUACAGCGUAACUUUUUAAUCAUGUCAGAAUACCCCAGACGGCAGGUAAUAGGAUGUUCCUUGGUACUGACCAUGGAUAUACAACAUGCUGUUAUCUACCUUGCUUUAAAUCCCUCUCUGGUUCUGGAGUUCCAGGCUGAAUUUACUCUGUAUUGUUACUUCCCUUGGUGCCUUCAUUUGGACCAGGCAAUCUCUGUGACCUAUUUCCUCUAUGUCUAUUAAACUUUUUUCAGUUAUCAAUCAACUCCUUAUCUGAAUUUUGUUUUCAAAUAUGUUUUGGUCCCCUAAGAGGACCCUAAGACCAUAGGGAGGGAUUGGUGUCAAAGGUCUAAAAAGAUUUAAAGGAUGGGACAAGAAGAGGCUGUUAAUGUGCAUCUCAAGCCUUAUCUCUUCCCUCCCAUUUCUUUUGUUGCUUUCCUAUUAUAUCUUUUCAGUUUAUUUCUUCAGUGUGAGCUCUUGAGGGAAAAAAAGAGAUACUUAUUUUUCUGUUUAUUUUAAAGACUGGUGGUGCCCGCCCCUUCACUCAGCCACUCAUGUCAGGAACCCAUGGACCAGUGGCACCCACCUCUCCUCCUAGCCACUGGUGCCGAGGGCCCGCAGGAUGGUGACACCCACUUCUCUGCCUAGCUACCCAUGCCAGGGACCUGUGGACUGGCAGUGUCCCCUCUUCUGUCCGCCCAACCAUGCUGGAGGCUCACACUGUCUGCCCACUUCUCUGCCCAGCCAUCUGCACUGGAAGCCUGUGGGCAGGUGGCGUGCCCUCUUCUACCCACCCACCCAUACCAGGAGCCCAUGGUCUGGUGGCACUCCCUCUUCCAUCCACCCACCCAUGCUGGGGGCCUGCAGAUGGGCAACGCCCACUCCCAAGCCCAGCCGCCUGAGCCAGGGCCUGCAGACCGGCAGUGUCUGCUUUUCUGCCUUGCUGCUGGGCACUUGGGAACUGGUGGCACCCCCUCUUCUGCCCAGCCAACUGUGUCGGGGCCCCAAGGGCCAGGAGCACUUGCUCCUACACACAGCCACCCACACCAGGGGCCCACAGACCAGCGGCACCCACUGUUCUGCCAGCCACUGGUGUCAAGAGCCUGCAAACCAGAGGUACCCUGUCCUAAACCCAGCCACCCGUGGCGAGUUC